AUGAGUAAAGCAUCUUCCAUCGUUAAAGCGACGCCAUCGGGAGGAUCAAUAAAGUGCGGUAGUCUCAUGUCUUGGCUCAAGCGGGAAGAAAUUUCCUUGGAAAAGGAAACUGCAGCAAAUGUUUCAUUUGUUCAAAAGAAAGAUAUUUUAGAAGCGGGAAAAGGAGAUGUCGCACCAACGCCACAAGGAUCAGUAGAAUAUCUAAAAAGUCUGGUUGAAGAUAUUAGUUGGCGGAGAGCGCUUUUGAUUGAGUUUCGGAAAGAAUAUAUGGAUAGGAUUGUUAAAUUUUUGCAAACGGAAAAAGAAAAGGGGGUGAAGAUUUUUCCACCGCAACACCAAAUUUUCAAUGCUUUUAACCUUACUCCGCUCCAACGAAUUCGCGUUGUACUUAUAGGUCAAGAUCCCUACCACGGUGAAAACCAGGCACAUGGGCUAUGUUUCUCAGUUUGCAAAGGUGUUAGACCUCCACCUUCACUUAUAAAUAUCUACAAAGAAUUGAAGACGGAUAUACCAAAUUUCAAAAUCCCCGACCAUGGUUGUCUCGAGUCUUGGGCUUGCCAGGGUGUCUUUAUGUUGAACGCCACACUUACUGUUGAAGCUCAUCGACCAAAUUCGCAUAAUCAUAUCGGAUGGCAAAAGUUCACUGAUGAAGUAAUUCGCAUCAUUUCACGUGACUGUAAAGGAAUCGUUUUUUUGCUUUGGGGAGGAUUCGCUCACAAAAAAGAAUAUAUAAUUGACAAAAAAAAGCAUAUUAUUAUCAAGACUGCGCAUCCAUCUCCAUUAAGUGCACGCAUGUUUUUCGGUUGCAAAUGCUUUUCGAAAACCAAUGAAGCGCUGAUAAAACUUGGACGACCGGCUAUCGAUUGGGGCGCAUUCUGA